AUGGUGGCGAGUUAUUCAGUCAUCCUUACUCAACGAAACAUGCCGUCCUUAGAAGAAAUUGAAGAUAUUGAAGAUAUCGAUAACUUAGACAUGGAUCUUGCCGAAUUUGAUCCUGAUUUGGUAACUCCGAUUGCACCAGCAAAGCCCAAAGCACAAGUUUCAAGAUCACAGGACCAAGACCAAAGUGAUAUUUCUGAUAUUUUUAAGGGCAUGGGGUUUAACUCCAGCCCAGGAAACCAGCAGUUUCAAGCUACGCAACCACAAGAGAGGAAUCCUCCAAUGACAAUGUAUGACAGUAUGACACCUGAGCAAAGAAAAGAAUUCAAAAUGAUGCAAAUAGUGUACCCAUGCUACUUUGAUAAAAAAAGGACUUAUAAAGAAGGUAGAAGGUUAGCAAUUGAACACUGUGUUGAAAAUCCGUUGGCGAAAACCAUUUUAGAUGCUUGCAGGAUUCUUCAAAUUCCUGCUGUUUUUGAACCUGAAAAAACGCAUCCACAGGAUUGGGGUAAUCCAGGUCGUGUUAGGGUUGGUCUUAAGUAUGAGAAAAAUCCAACACAUCCCGUAUUAAAGACCAAAAAGCAGGCACUUGAAGCUAUAGCAGAAUAUUUGAAGACUCAUCCUACUACUUUCAAAUCUGUCAAAGACUUGCCGGGCCCACCUGAUUUGAUGCAAAGUACUUGGGAGCCAAGUGAAAUUCCAGUUCCAAAGGGAUUCAAGAUGAACACCAUUGUACCAAUGCACUCAUUCCUCAUUAUGAAACACCCAGAAACUGCAGGUGCUUAUAUGAAAUCUGCCGCUGAGACAGAGAAGCCCGUUGAAGCCAAAAAGAUAAAACAUAAAAUCCAAAGAAUUAGAGGUUAG